AUGACGAGGCGCGGAGGAAGAUUCAGGAAAGAUAAGGGGGACCUCCAGCGAAGAUACCUAGACCUGGAACGCGAAUGGACCUCAUACAAGAAGUCGGCACCACCGCGGUACCUCCGCAGCAGUCAGACGAUGACCCCACGAUCCCAUCCGUCCGCCAUAGCUCCAAUCACCGAGCCGUGCGAGAACUUGCCCAAGCAGCUGAUGUAUUCCCUUCAGUUCGACGGACCUCCCUCUGAGACCAAGGAGAUCGCGAUGGAGAGGAGAGCAUCGAUCUGGAGCGGGAGGCUCAGGGGGAGAAGUCUUCUGGAAGCUCUAGAACAAGCGCAGAACGAGAAAUGCAGCGAUUGCUCUUCCAGCGUUCUCGAGGGGGGUUCAUCGUCUUACGCCUGCUCUCCCUCUGCCUCUCCCUCUUCCUCUUCCUCUUCCUCUUCCUCUUCCCCCUCUUCAAGUGUACGUGCAAUCGGAGGCGAAAGCCAUCGACGCCACAGUCGUUCUUUCUCGCCGGAACUCGGCGUGGGGGAGAAGGCCGCGGGUGCGGCGGAUGGGCGGCGAUGGAUGUUGGCCAUCCUCCUCUCGUUGCUCUCUGUGGCCGCAAUUAUCUUCAUUAUGGAGUCCUUAUCUGAAGAAGGCGGGGAUUGGCUGACUCCCACGUGA